GUUCGUUGAAUAAAUAUGUUUCCAUAUGUAAUCUGGUCCAACUGCAUCUGGAUUGAUUUGAUCGACAAGGAGAAGCCCAAGAUGGGCGCAUCGAAGUCUCUGACGGCCUUUGGGUUGUUCCUGCUCAUCGCACACACUCAGGCUCUGAGAGAAAAUCCUUUAAAGGACCCCCGCAUCUGCGGUCGGCCGCAGUGCGAAGUGCCAAAUCCGAAGUUCAGUUACGGUGAUCAACUGUACAAAUAUGAUUACACGGUGGUUGUGCGCACCGAGUUUGCAGGAUCCGGUGACAAUAGUUCCGAUCUGCUGCUAAAUGCCAACUUGGAGAUAUUUUUCCCCAAAACCUGCGAAGGCUACUUAAGGAUAACUGGUGCCAAGUUGUACGACAAAGUGGAUGAGAAUGGAGCGUCCAGCGAUUCCUCCACUGAAAAACCAAAGGACGUGUACGAUUACUACGACACUUUGGGCAGUGAUGAGUCCGAUUCGGAAACCUUGGAAACCCUUCACCCGAAGAGCAUGAGUCUGCACGGGGAUCUCACCCAGAAUGUGUUGCGCUUCUCCUUCCACGAUGGUCUCAUUAGUGAGGUUUGUCCUCAAGCGCAGGAAACCGCCUGGGUGCUCAACAUCAAAAAGGGCAUCCUGUCCGCUUUUCAAAACACCAUGAUGCGAUUCGAUGUCGACUCGAACACAACCGAAACUGAUGUUUCCGGAGAGUGCCAGGUGCAGUAUGCUCUGGAGGACACCGACAGUGUUCACGUCAAGAUCCGCAAGACGAAGGACAUCAACUCCUGCCGGCAGCGCUAUGCCACCCACUCGGUUCUGCAGACCACUCCCUACACCUUCCGCGAUGACAAGACCAUUUGGCCCAUUCUCAAAUCGCAGAGUUACUGCAACCUAACCGUUGACAACAAUGUUUACCGCGAAAUAAGUUGUCUGGAGACUCAUCUUUUGGUGCCUUUCUCCAAUGCAAGUUCUGGUGCCCUGACCACCAGCCGAAGCCUUUUGAAACUCAGAAAUGAGGAGCCUUACAGCGUCGGAGAGUUCUUAGAGCAAAUUUCCGAGUUCGUCGACCGACGAGCCACUUUGGUCUUUGAUCACACACCUCCGGUGAAACCUUCGCAUGAUGAGAUUACUGCUGCCCGGGAACUUCUGGUGCAAAUGUGCGCAGUUGGCUUCCCGAAUAUCCAGCGCGAGUUCAUCGAUGUCUUUACCAACUUUCUGCAGACCGCCAAGAGCCUCAAUUACAAGACUUUAUCUGUGCUGCUUCAGCGAUCUGCCAGCACCUGUGAACAGGGCAAAAACCACGUUUUGGAAUCCCUACCCUACAUCGGCAGCUCAGCCGCUUACAAGGUGAUGCGGGAUCAAAUCAUCGAUGGAAAAGUGAGCAAGGAAAAGGCCCACGACUGGAUGACCUCCCUGUCCUUUAUCCCACGCCCCGAUGAGGAGACCCUGGAAACCUUUCAAACGAUUUUGGUUUAUGCCAAGAACAGAUUGGACCCGGAAUACACUUUGGGAGCCACCGCGGUGGUGCACAGCUUCUGCAAACACCACGAGAACUGCGAAGAGAAUCUGCGAGUGCAGGAAAUCAUCAAUCUGCUGGAGACCGAGUUCCUCAAUUUGUACAACAUCUUCAAAGGAGAUCGUCGCUCCCGUGAGCGCAUGGUGAUUCUGCUCAAGGGGUUGGGAAACAUUGGAGUGAUUUCACCCGCCUUUGCAGAGCAACUUCAGUGGAUUAUUCGCGAUGGUGAAUCGCCAGUGGAUAUUCGUCUUCAGGGUAUUUUGGCCUUCCGACGAGUGGAUUGUUCAAGAUAUCGCAGCUUCUUCCUGGAGAGCUAUGCCAACUACACUCUGAAUUCGGAGCUGCGAAUUUACAGCUACCUGCAAGCCAUGAGAUGUCCCGACUAUAUAUCCGUUGGAUCAAUAAAAUCUGUGCUGGAACACGAGCAAAUCAAUCAGGUUGGAUCCUUUGUUUGGUCGCAUCUCACCAACUUGGCCAAAUCGAAUUCCCCCGUUCGCAUCGAAGCCCAAGGACUUUUGCUGAAUGAUGAACUUUCGGAACGCUUUAAAAUGGACAUUCGCAAGUUUUCGAGAAACUACGAGCACAGUUUGUUCUUUGAUGAAUAUAAUUUCGGAACCACUACAGAUGCGAAUGUGAUUUUCGGCACCGAUUCUUAUUUGCCACGAAUUGCAAGUCUAAACUUUACAGCUGAUCUCUUUGGUCAGUCGGUUAACUUCUUUGAGUUUACUGCUCGAGCUGAAGGAUUGGAAGAGUUGGCUGCGAAUGCCUUUGGACCCAAAGGUCCUUUGAGCGGAGAACUGCUGCGAAAGAAGCUUUCGUUCCUCAAUCGCUGGUUGGGCAACGAAAGUGCCGAAGAGGAUGACACCCUGGAAAAUCUGCUUAGUCUGGACAAUCUGCGAUUGAAAAGGAAGGCCCAGAAACACGAUGCACAUGAGCAUUUGGACGAUGAUGACUACGAAUAUGAGGAGUCCUUGGAGGAUCCUAAGAAACACAAGAGGGAUGUCAGCACAGCUCGCAAACAGGAAAUCGACCGAAACGUGGACAGUCUUGGCUACAAACUGAAGUACGACUACAAUAACCCAAGGGCACAGUUUGGCUUCCGGGUUUUCGGCAACGAUCUGCAGUACUACAAUGUGGAGUCCAUGGUGGAGGUGAUGGCUUUGGCCGCCAAGUUCAAUCCCUUCCAGCAAGCCAAGACUGUGCUCUCCGGCAGGGAGUUCACCUACACGAAAUCCAGAGUUUUUCUGGAUGCCUCGUAUACGGCUCCUUUGGCAGUUGGUCUGCCAUUGGCAAUACAUGCUUUUGGAGCUUCUUCGGUGGAUCUACGAAUCAGUGGUAAUCUCGAUCAGAUGGAACCACCCACCGACUGGCACUUCGAUGUUCAAGGGAGAUUCAAACCCUCCGUUUCCGUGGAUGUGAUCACCACCAUGCAGACGGACAUGUUCUGGGAUCAAUCGGGCAUCAAGGUGAAGAGCAACCUGUACUCCAACUCGGAACUGGAGGCCAAGCUGAAGGUGCGCGGUCGCAAUCUCGUGUCGUUCUCCUUCAAUCUUCCCCAGGAUCAGAACGAAAUCUUCAGCAUUCGAUCCGAGUUGCUGGUGCAAAAGGGAGAGAAGCAGCUGCCCCAAACGGGAAUCGAGAAGAGGAGUGCUAAUUCCACCUGCACUUGGCCCGUUCUCGAUCAGGCAAUUGGAUUGCAGAUGUGCUCCCACUACAGUGUUCCCGAUUUGAGCAACGCCACUGAAAUUUACCCGAGUCUCCUGCUGGCAGGACCUCUAAACUUCAGCCUGAUCCUUAAGAAAUCCGAUCUGAGUGCCAAGAAGUACGUGUUCGAGUACAAGUGGGAUCAACAGGAAGUGGACAACAACUUCUCGCUGGUGUUUACUACUCCGGGAUCGAAGGUUCCGCGAGUUUUGGUUGCAAAUGUGACAAAGGUAACCGAUGCCUUCAAUGCCUCCGUGGCUUUUGUGAAUGGACCCAACCGGGUAUCCGCUGGAUGCAGCUACGAUGGAAAUCCUGACUUCCAACGAUUGGAUGUUUACCUCGAUACGAAUGGAAAUCGAUCAUUGGAUUUGGGAAUGGAGUUGCGAAGGCACCAGGACUUCACCGCCUGGAUCUACAAUCCCCGAAUGCUGCUGGCCAUUAAUGGAGUCAAUAUCACCGGUCUGGCGGGAACUGUGAAAGUUAACGAAAAGAACGGAAUAAAGCAACACGAUGUGGAUCUGUCCUUUGAGACCAAAAAGCUGCAGGCUGUGAUCAAGGGAAAUAUCGUCCAAAGCGAGAUAACCACAUCCACCAACAUGACCGUCAAAUAUAGGUUCCAAGCAAACAAGAUUGAGGAGAUUAACUUUGCCGGCAAGCUGGUGAACAAUGGCGACAAAACUAAGACUGAGUACCGAGGCAACAUGAAACUGCAGACCUCGGCUUAUCCCAAACUAAACUUUGCAUCGGAUGUUACUUGGCUCAGUCUGCAGGGCCACACUGAAGGCAUGAUCACCUACAACAAUGCACCGGAUUAUAUUAAUCCCAACUAUACGAGUCUGCUUCGAUUGGUCUUUGCUCGUUCAAAUUCAGAGGAUUCCAUUCUGGAGGGAUCAAGAACGCGGGCCAGUUUGGAACUGAAGCUUCCCAGAUCGAAGAUUGACUACCGCAUUUCGGUUAAGCACGAAGAACGCAGCAAGAAUGGCACCGAACACAAUGUGAUCGUGGGUUUGAAGUACGCUCCUGAAAAAGAGGUCACUGGUCUGUUUUCCGUACAUUUGCCCAGACGGAGUCUGUUUGCCAUUGAUGCCUACAUGAAUGUGACUGUACCGGAAUUCAAUUCAUGUACGGCAAUCCUGAAGGUCAACGAAAAAGCCACCAAGGACUACAUCAUCUUUAUUAAUGGUUCCUGGUUCACUGGACACUCUGUGGCCAUCAAGGCCAACUACAAGGACCGCAGCUCGCGAGUUCAGGCCCUCCAUCACCUCAAGAUGAUUGUGGAGAGUCCUUCCUUCGAAGCGACCUCUCUUAACAUUGUGUACCGCCGCAACCAGCUGGUGAUCUUCUACGAUCUGCAGGCCAAGUACGGCAAGGAUCCCUAUGGCCUAACAAUCCAGUAUGCAGCCAAUGCCCAUAAUCGCAACUCGAAUGCGGAAAUUCGAUUGAAGGUCAAGGAACGUGACUACUGGAUUAAUGCGAAGCUUUUGUCAGAGCAACCUAAGUUACUGCAGCUGGAAAUUCACUUGGAUAAAUUACGUGAUGUGCACAUCAAAGUUGGUCUGCUGAAUGUGAACAAGCGCAAGGAGCUCUCGCUGGAACUGAAGUGGGAUGCCAACCGAGAUCCCAGCCAGAGAUUGGGUCUAUUGGCUGAAUACAACUCCCCUGGAACGAAGCACUAUGAUGGAAAUGUGAUGAUCACCUAUCCGGAGAGAACCUUCAACUUUGGCUUUAAUGCUUUUACGGGAGGACCCAAGUACUUCGGCAAGGUUCAUGCCUCUUGGAGCAUCAAUGAUGUGAUUGAGUUCGAGUACGAGGCGGGUGUUCUUCCCGGGCAAACCAUCCACAAUUGGGUGAAGGCCGAGUUGAGAACUCCCUUCGAAAACUGGCGUACCAACAGCCUUGAUGCCGGCAUCUACAACCUCCACAAUCUUAUCCUGGUGAACUCCACGCUCUUCUGGGCAAACGACCAGAAGUUGCAGGUGGGCUACAAGAGCGAUUACCUCAUCAACGACCAACUGGUGAGCUUCGAUGUGCGAUUCGGCAUCAACAGCACAAUCCAGGACAUUCCCACGAUCAAUGUGAAGGUGGUGCAUCGGCAGGAUGUGCGGGAAGUGGAUACGGAGCUCUAUCUGGGAUACAGUGGUCAAAACGAGACUUAUAAGGCCUACAGCAUUGACUCCAGAUGGGAGAUCAAUCGCAACCAGCGCUACUCGAAUGUUUCUGGUUUGGUACAUUUGGUGAGUCCUUUCAAGGGUUACGAAAAAGGUGGCUUGGUGGCCCACUAUUCGCUUUUGGAUCAGCGAACGAUCAGUGGAGCGGCUGCCCUCAACUUUGACGUAAGGGAGUUCACCUUGACCAUGGAUGGAUAUGUAAAGAAGUUCACCGAUAAUAUGCUGACCAUUAAUAUCACCACUCCCCUGGAGAAAUUCCGUACGAUCAACGCUCGAUUUGGGUUGAAUGAGAAGAAACGUCAUGCGGUUGCGGAGGUUAGGGCUCCCACAGCAGCUCUUGGAGUGGAAGCCUUGGCAGAUAUCAAGAACCUCCUGAACUUCGAUCUCAAGCUCAGCAUAGCCACACCCAUUGAGAGCUUCCAACAGGCGGCGGUGUUCGCUCUUUUCAAUCCGGAACGCGUUGACAUGCGGGGAUUGUGGAACAACGCUACCCUUGGAUUUACCGGAGUGUGGCAUAUGGCAAAUGCCACGGACUUCGAGUACUCCUACCUGGUAUUCACACCACUGGCUGGCUUCGAGGAGAACGGUUUCAUUGUCCAGCUGCUGAAGAGGGAUGAGUUCGUCUUCCAACUGCAUGGCAAGUUGUCCCACUACAAGUUGGGUGUGAAGAUCAAGGGGAAACCAAAGUCUGCCUUGGUCAAGGAGCUGGGCAGCAACAAGAUGGCCUUGGAGAUGCUCUACGAUGCGGACUUCCAGCCAACAAAUGCCGAUUUGGACUACAAACCCGAUCCCGAUGUGGAGUACUUUUCUUAUUUCACGGACUUCCAGGUGGACACUCUCGUUUGGCCCACCAUUGUUGGUAAUGUGGACAUUCAGGAGAUUGUUGACUUCUACUUGGUUGUGGGUCAAGUGGAGUUGCCUCAGGGCAACGUCGAGUUCAAGGAUCGCCUCCACUAUCCGGACUACAUUAAUAUACACAAUUUGCUGACCAUCACCACACCAUUUGCCGUGGCCAAGGACAUUAAGUCAAUAGUGGAGUACCACGUCGACUUGCACUUCAAUUCCUUCUACGAGCGUGUCAAGUUUGCAGUCAAGGAUGCUAAGGAUCAGGUUAAGGAGCUGGGUUUUGAGUUCAACUACACCAAGCUCCAGGACAAUGUGAAGCCCAAGGCGCACGAUGUCCAGCUCAAGUUGAUCACACCCUACGAACUGCUCAACGAGAUUGACAUCCAUGGACGUCUGGAGGUGGAUGAAAAUGCCUACAAGGGCAACAUCAGCUCAACCACAGCCCACACUCGACUCUCGAUGGCCGCCUCCGUGGAGAACGAGGACAACUUCUUAGAAACCGCAGUGGGCAUUCUGUUGGAGACCGAUGUCAUUCCCCACUAUGCCUGCCAGGUUUACUUUAAGAAAGACUUUUCAGCCGUUGACAACUCCAUUGACAUUCGCUUUGAGGUCACCGACAAUGGAACACUUAACCAGAUCCACAUUUCGACAGACUGGCACACGCAUUCCUCCUACAUCGUAAAUGCCAACGGAAGGAUCCGAACCACAAUGCUGCCACUCCAGCAGGCUUCGUCUUCGGUUCUGGUCACCAAGGGUCAGAAUCCCCAGCUGAACUUCGAUCUUAACUUCCUGAGCCAGGAUGGCCAGAGCAUUUCCUACGGAACGCGUGCCAACAAAAAGAAGGAGGUGUUCAACAUCGAAGUGUGGACUCCGCUGAAGAACUUCCGAAACAUUUCCAUGCACGGAACCUUCGUUAAAAAUCCUCGCGAUGCUGAGCGCUACGAUGUGUCAGGAUUCCUGUACAGAAACAUGGCCACUUAUGGUGUCACAGGAGCUGUUCGCAUGGCCAAUACCCUGCCCAUCGAUGUCACUCUGAGGGUUCAACCCAAAGCUGGCGGCAGAGACGGUGUGAUUGAGUUGAAUAUCAAUGAGGCUGGCCCGAAAAAGAUUCGCUUCUCGUUUAGCGCCAUUGAAAAUGGCAAGAUGUGCCAGAUUUCAGGAGGUUACAGUGUCGCCGAAAGCAACGGAGCAAUGGACUUCUCAGUUUUGGUUGAGAGCACCGAGCCGGACAUUGCCCGCAUUAACUUCUACGGAAGUUUGAAUCCCAGCUCGAGGGGUUCCCUAGUGGGUGACCUCAACUUGGAGACCCCCUGGAAGUCGCUCGGCAUCGAUUCGGUGCACCUGCACUCGGAUGUGGGAAUUCGCAGCGAUGGCGGCGAUAUAAAGGGCGAGUACAAGAUCGGUCAGUACAUCGGACGCGGUAGUUGCCUAUGGUCAUGGAUCCUGGGGGAGAAUCUGCAGCUGGUGCUGGAGAGCUACCUGGAGAGACCGAAUAGCCGGCCGAGAAUCGUUCACGCCAGUGCCAAGUACUUGAAUCCCGGAAAGACAUACUCCCAACUGCAGGCUGGAGGUCGCCUGAGUGUUGAUUCCAAGUGGAACCUCGAUGUGAAUGGCAGUGCGCACUACACGUCUGUGGAUGAUUUCAACUUUAAGGUCAUCACCGAGUUGCCUUUACCGGUUGGCGAUCGCCAUCAGUUGAGUGGUAGUUACCAGGGCAACGUGAUCUCAAAGCAGUUCAUCGAUCCCGAUUUUGUGAUUGAGGCCAGCUACGAGGGUUUGGAGGCCCAGAACAAGUUGCUCUCACGACUUUCCUACCGCAAUGUCACCAAUAAUCUGAAGGGAGUGGGUCACGUGGAGUGGGGAAAACUAAACAGUCUGUCCACCGUCGAGGGAGACUUCGAGUUGCUCCAGAAGGCGGGAGCUCGUCGCGAGUUCUCUGCGAAGAUGAUCACCCCGAAGUUCAAGGAUGAGCACACUUUUGCUCUAACAGGACAGUAUGACAAGAAGAACGCCGACUACCACAACGUGGUGUGUGCCCUGAACUACCCAUCGAGUCGCCGAAUCACCGAUUUGGAUGUAUCUUUCAACACGCUGAGCAACAUGCACGGAAACUUCAACAGCACAAUGCCCUCGUUCCUCAACGUCAGUUGGUUCAAGACCGACUUCGAGUUCACCACCAAAAAUGCAAAGAGUUAUCGCUACUGUCGCUGCUUCUGGCCGCAGGACUCUGCCUACUUCAAGUUGAACAACAACUACGACAGCAGCAGCAACAACGCCGAUCACAACGUCAAUGGCAACAUAGAGAUAGAAGUUCCCUUGGCCACUCGCCAUCGGGCGGACAUCGUUUAUGGCCUGCAAAAGCGACGCAGCCAGGAUUCAGGAAGUGUCAAGGUCGUUUACAACGAGAAGCAGGUCCUUGACGGCAAGUACAAGCGGUUGGAGCAACAAAAGCAUCCCAUCUCCAAGGAGACCACGGAUAUCUCACUGGAGAACGAUGUGAAACCAUUGGGCAUUCACUAUGUCAGCACCCGGGAUGCCAGCGAUCCUGAAGGAUCCCAGGAUGUGAAGCAUUUGGAGGUUUAUGAGCUGAGGAAUACGCGAAACUUUAAUCUUACCGGUGAACUGCAUACUCGGGCCACUCUGAAGGCUCAGGACUUUAAGGUCGUGGCUAUUCAUCCCAAUCGAGCUGUGGUUCUGACCACCAAAUUCGAGGAUGUUAGUCCUGAAGUUAUCAGGCAGCACACAAAGUUGGAGUUAUCGGAGACCGCUUGGAUAGGAUACAACCUGGAACUGGGCAACUUCAGCAAGGUUAACAAUGAUUCGCAGAGCUUCGCCCUGGAAAUCUUCUACCCCAAGCGCAAUCUAUCCACAUCGGGUCAGUACUUCAUGACGGACACGCACUUCAACUCCGACCUUUCCUUCGAAUGGAAGGGCAACUACGACCUUCAGCCCAAGGUUAUCCAUAGUAAUUUGCAAUGGACGGCGGAACCUUUGCGUCGUGGAGAUCGGGAACACCGCACAAUUUCCCUGACAGUUGCACAUCCUCUUCUAGAAAAAGACAUUAGUUGCAAAGCGACUUACUACCGCGGAUUGCAGGAUCUCCUUAGAUCCCACCUGACCAUUGAAUACACCGACAAUCCAGAGCAACUCAUUGAGUUGGGUGCUUAUUUGAGGGAUCGUUUCAGUGAACUGGGACACACGAACUACACCUUCCAGUUGUACGGCAGACAUCCCGCUUCCGAGUUGGAUGUCCAGUUGAAUGGCACACUGGCAGCAAGGAACUCCUACUACAAGACGGAAUCCACUGCUCACUACAAGAGAGAUUUGUUCCCCGCGAGAUAUGGCAAAUUCCUGGCUUUACUCGAUGUGAAUAAAAGGGAAGUGGAAUACGAACGCGUAUCGCCUUUCCACACAGUGCGAUUACACCUGCUGCCCACUUUGCAAUAUCCCAUUUACGGUCUGAAUGCCACAAUCUGGGAUACUCCAGAUACAAAUCACUCGGGUUAUGUUUAUGUGGACUUACUGGAACGUUAUGCUCGAGCGGAUUUCAAUUUGACGGAGGAUGCCAGUCAGAAUCUGCAGAUGGUGGGCUACAUUCCUGAUACACGAAGUGCCUUCCUGGAUAUUUGGAGAAACUACGAGGAGAUCCGUGUCAUCGAUGUUAGUUCUUACUUGAAGAUGAAUCACUCUCGUUUGAUUACCGGCCGAUUCCAUUGGCGACCACCAAUCCGUCAAGAAGUUCGGGAGAAAAUCCAAUCCCUGGGCAAAUCGGUUUACAGCUCCUUCUCCGAAGGCAUCGACUUUUGGAUUAAGAACAUCUACACGGAAACCACCGAGUCAUUGGGCGUUGUUUGGACUACAGCUAAGGAGUAUAACAAGGACUUUAUCGACGACAUUGGCAGGUUGAAUGUUUUGGAGGAGGAUCUCGCCGAUCUGCGAUUGUUCGUGAACCAAUCCUAUGAAGCCAACGAUUUCUAUAUCAAGAACGUGGUUAACUUCACGCUGACCAUUCUGGAUGAGUUGGCCAUUAGAGAUCACAUUGAAUCGCUGCCCAUGAUCUUCUCGGAAUUGUGGCAAGCGAUGGGAGAUUCAGGAAAAGCGCUGCGAAACAGUGUUGUGUGGUUAAUCGAAACCAUUAAAACCACGUAUAACAAUCUAUUGGAUGCAGUAGCUCGAUUCUUCCAUGGCGAGAGUCUUACCUAUUUAUCUGGACUUUUAGAGAAGGGUAUUACCAAGUAUGACAGCUUCAUCAAGGAAUUGCAUAUCAAGUUCAUUAAAUACAUUGAAAACCUGUGGCACAAAACGUGGAACCUGGCGGAGAAUCACUGGAAGGCAGUCCUUAAACGCUUUGAACCACAUCUCUUCAAGAUGAUCAGCUUUAUAGAGACGACUGCCUGGAAUCUCAGCAAGGAGGUGUUCGAUUUUAUAUACAAACGCACCAAUGAACUGGCGGAAUCUCCGUAUUUCAACAAGGUUUCCAGUUUUACUGCUGAUGCAGAGCGACUUUACCGGGACUUUAUGGCCAACGAUGCCAUUACCAACAUCAAGAAGUAUACAACUUUGGCCUGGAACUUCGUCAAGGAGAAGUACUUCAAGUUGGUGCCCUUCGGUGCCGAAUUGAAUGAAGUUCUCACCGAAAUCUGGCAGGAAAUCAAGGAGCUGGAGAAAAUCGAACAAGUGCAGAUCAUGGUUCAGAAAUACUACGAAGUUGUGGCCAAAAUUGAUUGGGUUGCCGAUGAAUUCCAGCUGGAGCAUCGCCUUCAUCAGGUUUAUGGUUUGGUGAGGAAUAAGUUCCGCAAUUAUGCGUUGAAUGCCUUGGAAACCGCGGAUAUGUACAGGGAAGCCAAGACCAAGUUUGUUUUCGAUCCGGAAGUGGGCAUUAUCGAUCUGGAGCAAAAGUUACCCAUGUCCUGGCAUGCUUUCAAUGAAACACCCAAGUUCGAGGAGAUUCCCGAGUACCAGGUUCUGGCCAAGGUCCAAAGUUUCUUCAGCGAAACCAAUUCCUCGAUCGUCAUGAAGCUGUACAAUAUGAGGACGCAUCUGGAUCCCAAGACUUGGCUGCCGCCUUACUACUCUCGCGCCUUGCUUAUCGACUCGCGUCAUUAUAUGACCUUUGAUCAGCGUUAUGUAGGUCUGAAUCUUAACUUUGACGAGUUUGGAAAUGGACGACCCUAUUCACAAUGCAGUUACUUAUUAGCACAUGAUUUCUUCAAGCGAAACUUUACCUUGCUUCUGGAGCCAGCAAGCAAAUCCCUGGCUGGCCAAGGACUAACACGCAAACUGAGCUUCAUUGCCAACGAACAAUUGAUUGAAAUUGAUUUGGGAACAGAUCACAUAACCAUCAAUGGCAAUCCGCAACCCAUUUUGCCACUCAAAUUGGGCGCUGUGAAUAUCCACCGAGAUCUGGAUGUUCUUUCGAUUCAUUCGGACACCGAGUUCAGUUUGCACUGCAAUGUGCAAUUCGAUCUGUGUUGGUUUGAAGUGAGUGGUUGGUACUUUGCCAGAACAGCAGGAUUACUGGGAACUCUUAACAACGAACCAUACGAUGAGUACACCAUGUCGAACAGUGUGAUCUCCAAUGAAACUCAGCAAUUCACGGAUUCGUGGAGCCUGAAACAAUGCAAGCAAACUAAGUUGGCUCAAAAGCAAGAGAUUUCAAAGGAGGUUGCUGAAACCUGCAGCAGUUUCUUCCGCGGGGGAAUUUUGGCCACUUGUAGUGCUGUAAUCGAUCCCAAUCCCUUCUACGAAAUGUGUUUGGAUUUGGGUAUGAAAUCGCCGCCAAUCCGAAAGGGACAUCCUGCAGUUAAAGGAGCUUGUGCCGCAGCUUUGGCUUAUAUUGAAGCUUGUACAGCUCUAAAGGUUCCCAUGCGGGUUCCCUCUCAGUGUGUUUUCUGCCAAUUGACCAACGGUUCAUAUGUUCCCGAGGGCACUUUCAUGGAAUUAUCAGGCAGCGAAGUUCCGCGCAGCAGCGAUGUGGUUUUCAUUGUGGAAGCCAAGGAAUGUAAUGCCAAUCUAAAGGAGUCCAAGAGCAUUAUGACCGUGGUCAGCAGCAUUGAAGAGCAGCUGCAGGCCGCCAAACUAACAAACAAUCGUUAUGCCGUGGUGGCCUUUGGCGGAGUGGCUCCCUACGACAAGGCGAGAAGUGUGAUUUAUGAGCACAACGAGUUCACCUCGAGACCGGAACAACUUGUGGACUAUUUUGGCCACAUCAACACCGGAAAUGGCAGCAGCAACGACAUCCUGAUGGCCAUUUCCGCCGCUGCCAAGCUGAACUUCCGGCCGGGAGUUUCAAAGACCUUCAUCCUGCUCUCCUGCAGCAAAUGUGCGGCAAGGGAUAUGCGCUUCGAUUACACCUCCAUCCUGCAAUAUAUGCUGGAGGAGGGCAUCAACCUGCACAUCCUGGCGGAUACGGAAUUCGAUUUCGAGCGCAACAAGAAGCUGCGACACUUCUUUGGAUUGGACAGCAAGCUGGUUUACUCGAAGCGCUUCCCCGAAGGAGAUGCCGAGACCCGGAAUACAACGCACAUCUCGAAGAGCAACUUGGGCAUCUGCACAACGCUCGCUGUGGAGACGCAGGGAUCGGUGUUCAGUGCCCGCAAAUUGCAGCCGGAGCGGAAGUAUCCCAUCAAGCGGUUCGCCACCAUUUUCGCCAAGCGAGUCGCCCAAAGUGCCACGCCCAUCCAGAGCCAGACCUGCGAGUGCUCCGCCCACAACACGGGCGUCUCCUACAUGGCCUGCUCGCCACAGGCGCUGCCGGAGGAGAAGUACGAUCUGGAGGACUAUGACUCCUUUAACAACUGGGAUUGGGGAGACGAACCGGAGGGCGAUCCGAAAAUAACUUCGUAGUUCUUAGUGCGCCGCAAAUAGUUAGCUAGUUCAGUUAUGUCCCUGCAGAAUAUAAGGUUUUUCUAAUGCAUAACCGAAUGGCAUGUUUUGUAAAAAUAAAUCAACAUAUAAACUGAAAACCGAAAA